UCCCGCACCCCCUACACCGACUAUCACCCCGGUUCCAAUCCCAACUCCAAUCAUAGCUCAACCCCCGAAUCCUCACAAGAUACCGGAGCCCACUACUGAGAUACCUCCGGAAAGCCAAAAACAAACAGAGGCACCGGUAAGUAGAGAUUAGGAACCAGAACAAAGCUGGAUCUGGUUUAGUGGGUGGGACUGGCCUACUGACAGACAUGAGUCUGGCCAAUCUAUCUGUUAUGAACGUAAGCAACGACGUUGAACAGUGUUACCCCUCCACACCGCAAGGGGGCGCCCGGUGACCCUGGUGCGUUUUUUUCAGCAGAGGAAGUAGAUAUUUUGGUUGCGUUCCGCCCGCCUCUGAUCGAAAGCUAGUUACCCUCCUGUAGCGAGUUUGACUUGACUAUCUCCGUUUUAAUAAAAUUUAGUUUUGCAGUUCAACUGUUUGUGUCUUCCGUUAAAUCGCCAACUAGGGUGCAAAGUUAAAAAAAAAAAAUCUGUUGGCAGGGAGUUGCAGGCUCCCUGGUGCGUUAGGUCAUUUGUGGCUAAGCUAGCUGCAGUUGUGUUCAUCUACAGAGGCUGCGAUGGCUGACUUCAGGAGCAGGAUCAUGAUGUCGUCUGGACACCGGGCAGUCAGAGGAGGGCCAGCAGGAAAAGUGGCACCGUCCUCUAUUGUGUCUGGAUCCACAAAUUGGGACAGUAACACCGGGAUGGACGGGAUCACUGUGGUGAGAAUUGAUGACACACACAUCGCAGAGGAGCAGUCUAAUGUUGUGGGGAAGGUGAGAGAGGGCGCUACGGCGUACUAUGAGAUGGAGUACUCGAUGCCGGCAGAUGAUGAGAUCGCUGUAGAGGAGGACGAUGAUGGCGUUUAUGUCAUAGAAUAUUCAAAUCCCGAAGAGGAGGGACAGAGCUACCAGUUCACCAUGUCUGUGGACAGGUCGCUCCCCCCUAAAAAGCCGAUUAUAAAACAUCCCACGGUCAGAGAAAGCACCAGAGCUCCUUUACCUGUACGGAUAGCUCCUCGACCACCUUUACCUGUGAAUCCCAUAUCCACCCAACCACAAAGGAUGAUGCCAAUGAAGAGGAGGUUGAUAGAGGAAGAUGUGAAAAAGGAGGAGAUUGUGAGUAAUAAAUGCGUGCUAGAGCUGGGAGAAGACUAUAAUGAUAUGAUGAAGAUGAAUGAUGGGAAAUCUCUUGUCUGCUCCCUGUGUCCACCACCUGGCCGGCGCUUUAAGAAAGCUGCUGGUUUGGCUGUUCAUUUAAAAUCAACACACCAACUGGAGGGGAGAAAAACGUUCUUCUGCACUUGGUGCCAGCUGCCGGUUCGUAGUCAGAUCUUACUGGACACCCACACCAAACGGCACGUCAAUGCCGAGACAGUCUUCACAUGUAAAAUCUGCCCAGAGAAGUCAGAGAACAACCCCGAGGUGGAGGAGAAGGGCUUCAGAGGGUCCAAGUGGGUCAUGAAGAAGCACAUGGAGAAGGAGCACCCAGGCAUCAUUCCGUCCUGUGACUUCUGCAGCAAAAACUUCAAGACAGUUGACUCGUACCUGGCUGAUCAGUUCAAGCAUAUUGGUGUGACGCCGCAUUACUGCGCCAAGUGUAAGAUCUACGAAAUCACAGAGAGAGGUCUUAGUGUUCACAUCAAAAACCAUGAUAAGCCCAAGAAGGGGAUGCCAGAGCCUGGUGAAACCCCGCCACUGACUCCUUCUGUCCCUGCCGCCACCGCCGAUAACUCGGCUACAGAUGACUCUGACUUCUGACAUGUUUGUCAGUUUUUUGACUCAAACAACUCAGUGACCUCAUCUUUGUCAGAUGAAUGUCUGAUACUUGUGCAUCUACGACUGAACUUUAGUUUUUUAUGUUUGGACAGGUGGAACACCUACAGAGUUUUAUAUUCUCUCCUUAAAAGUUUCCUCAUAAAUUACUUCUUACUGUUGCCAUGUGGUGAAGUCUUCUACUUUUAGCAUUCACAGUAAAUCUAGUCUUACUAAUAUUUAGAGAUUUUCAGCAACAAUUUGUGUCUUAUAUCUGAAAACUUCCUCUAAAGCAGACAGGUUGGAUAAACAACAUUGCCUCUGGAUCUCGCAGCCAGUCAGCACAGGGACAAGUGUCAGGGGUAAUGGUGUACAGUGUUAGAGUAUUUGGAUGAAUUUUGUUGUAAUGAGUAACAUAACACAAAAAUUCUACCACUGAAGCAUCCAUCAGUAUGUCACUUUAGCAUAAACGUUCUCUCCAACUUCUGGGCAGAUUGCUGCUUACCUGCAGAAGAUAAACCUACAGCUGUGUCAUUGUGCACACUUGUAGCUAGCUAAUACAACCAGAAGAAAGUCAGAGAGGACCGCAUUUACUGCCCUUGUUCCCUUUACAUAUACACUUUAUUUUUUUUCCAUGUUGAAAAGAACAAGAACCAUGUCAACAUGAAUCAUGAGGUUAAAAGCUUGUCUUGUAUUGUGUCCAUUAAAACACGCGUGUCUCAGAAUGUAUGCCACAUUUUUCCUGCUCUAGUUCAAUAAGACCCAGGUUGUAUGAAAAAGGUCAGCCCCCCCCCAUGCUGUAUUUGUUCUUCGUUGGUGUCUAAGUUGGUGCUUGUGUGUGUAAAUACUAUAUACUGUAUUUUCUAUUACUCUAACUAAACCCAGGUACAGUGUAUGAAGCUAAAUGUGUUUUCAUGCCGCAGAAUUACACAGAGGGGGCAUUAUGUAAAACAGGGAGGAUGUUAACAUGCAGGCUGCGGCUGCAUUUAAGCAUUUCAAGGAAAAAGAUUCCACCUUUGUUUGAAUUGUUGAAGGGGCUGCUGCAGAUUUCCUUUAGUUUACAGGACAGGAAAAUAAUGAUCCCACAAUGAGCUAUGCUAAAUUUGAAAAAAAAAAAAAAAAAAAGCGUAAAUAUUGUUUUAUAUUAAAUUAACUUUUAAUUGUAGCCAAUUAAAAGAAAAGCAUCAGUAGUUCCAGUAUAUAGUAGUCAACCAUGAACUCUUCACCUUACUGGGGACAUUUGUUCUUUUUGAAAAUUUGUUUUCACUUGGAAAAGCAAGAUAUUUCAGACAAUUUCCAUUCCAAUUAACAUAUCCAUUGUUAUGGACUGUCCUUGAUUCCCUGUAGGUUUUAACCAGUAUCUGGCAAUCCCAAUAAAUAUAAGAAAGGAUGAAACUCUUUGUAGAUAAUCACCUUUUUUUGUUUAUCUUUAAAACGAUAAACUUGGCUUGGCUUCUUGUGAGUGGCCAGAGAUCACCCAUCAAAGAACAUCUCUCCACGUUAUCACCUUAAUUCAAAUGAAUUCAGAUCUUACAGGCCUUUUGUGUACGUAGCCCUUUUACUCUAGAUCUGAUUGAAACUCUUAAGAGUGACAACUUUUUGUCUUGAAGUAAACUCAAACCUGUGUUUUUUGCAGUGCAAGACCUCAGGAAACAUUAAAACAGAAAGAAAACUUUGCAGUCAAUCACCGUGAAAGUGAAAGCUGAAGUAAGAAUGUAAUACUUUUAUAUUAUGCACCUUUGUUUAGAUGUGGCGAUUUCUUUCUCUGUGUUAAACUGAUGCUUUUUACUAACAUCUGCAAAACUUUUGAAGCUUUUAAGCCAAAGUUCACUUUGUAGACCUAAAGGAUUUUCACAUAAUUCCCCAGGUUCUAAGCUUGCUUUCUUAUAACAAAGUGUAAGGUGUUGUUGGUAGGAUUUAAAAAGAAUAUUUGGGAUAAUGUCAGCAAAGUACAUGUGGUUUGUAGUGAACAAUCCAUGAUUUUUAGUAUUCGAUAAGUCAUUAACAUAAAGUCAACAUUUUUGUGCAACUAUUUUCUCUUAAAAAAUAAAUGCUUUCCUUUAUUUUACCUCACCAUUCUUAGUAUAAAGGGAUGAGGGCCUUCAAGUAAACCUUGUGAACCAUUUUACUAAAAAUUGUGACGUAAAUGAGUCUCUUCAUGGUAUCACAAGUGAAAAGGAUGUUCCUUAAGUUAGAAUUUCUGCCACCAGAAUGUUAAAUCUGUUAGCAUUUUCCAUCAUGUGUUAGCAUCAAGCUAAAGAACUAAGAUGUUCAUCUCGGUCCAACUACAAGAAAUCAGAGUUUAAAUUUCCUCUUCACAGGCUAUGAUCAAAGUUGUUAUAUCCUGUUAAAUAAGCCUGCAUGCAUGUAAAUAUCCUCACUUUAAAGAUGAAGGUAUUAUGGA